GUCCCGGAGCUAACGAAGCCGCGAUGUCUUAAUCCCUGGCUAAGGAAAAGGUUAGUGCUGCUUGGCCUGGCCAUUUCUUCCUGCCUGCGUAGCCUAGCGACUGGGCAUGGAGGAGCUGCUCAUUCCCGCGGAGGGCGAGGACUCUCAGAGCCCAGAGCCCACCGCCUUCACGCCGGCCGGCCCCGCCAAGGCUCCCCUGGGCCCCUUCGACCGGUUCCUCAAGAGUGUGUUACCCCCUUCAGUCAAACGCUACCUGAGGGACUACCUGAGGCGCAACGGCUUGCUGACGCUGUCGGUGAUGGCCGUGAUAACGGGCUGCGUCCUGGGCUUCAUGCUGAGAGGACAGGCGGUCUCCUCACAGGCUAAGAUCUACUUCUCCUUUCCUGGAGAGCUUCUGAUGAGAAUGCUUAAGAUGCUCAUUCUCCCACUGAUUACAUCAAGUUUAAUGUCCGGGCUGUCGUCCAUGGAGUCGAAGGCGUGCUGUCGGAUGGGGGUGCUCACAGUGACCUACUACUUGUGGACCACCUUCAUCGCCGUGGUGGUGGGCAUCAUCCUGGUCAUCAUCAUCAAGCCCGGCUCUGGCACAGAGAUGGAGAGCCAUCGGCUGGGCGGCGGACCCGUCAUGACCUCGGCCGACGCACUGCUGGACCUCGUCAGGAACAUGAUUCCUUCCAACCUUAUAGAGGCGACAUUUCAACAGUAUAAGACCGAUCUGAUUCCAGUGCCAAAGACGACGGUCAAGACGACGGUCCAGCCCAACUUUGUGUACAUCGUGCCGGACGAGAGCAACCCGAAGGGUCAGAGUGUGCUGCUGGAGCUGACGCCACCGCCUGACAUCCUCUACAAGCCCAAACCGGGCAGCAGCCAGCAGAUGAACGUGCUGGGCAUCGUCAUCUUCUCUGCCACCAUGGGUUUGCUCCUGGGGAAGAUGGGAGAGAGAGGGCUACCGCUCGUAAACGUGUGCCAGUGCAUCAACGAAUGCGUCAUGAAGAUUAUCAAUGCAGCUGUGUGGUACUUCCCGUUCGGCAUCAUAUUCCUGGUGGCCGGUAAGAUCCUGGACAUGAGUGACCCGUCGUCGCUGGGGAAGAAGCUGGGCUGGUACGGCAUCACGGUCCUGGCGGGCCUCUUCGUCCACGGCCUCAUCCUGCUGCCGUUCUUCUUCUUCAUCCUCACGUGGAAGAACCCCUUCACCUACAUCCGGGGCCUACUGCAGGCCUUGGUCAUCGCCCUGGCAACCUCCUCCAGUUCGGCGACGCUCCCCAUCACCAUGAAGUGUUUGCUGGAAAACUGCGGGGUGGACCGUCAGAUCGCUCGCUUCGUGCUGCCCGUGGGCGCCACCAUAAACAUGGACGGCACCGCUCUGUACGAGGCUGUGGCGGCCAUCUUCAUCGCGCAGGUCAACGAUUAUGAGCUCGACUUCGGACAGUUGGUCACCAUCAGCAUCACUGCAACAGCUGCCAGCAUAGGAGCCGCCGGAAUCCCCCAGGCUGGCCUUGUCACCAUGGUGAUAGUGCUGACAUCAGUAGGCCUUCCUCCCGAUGACAUCACCCUUAUUGUGGCCAUUGAUUGGAUUCUUGAUCGCUUUCGAACGAUGAUUAACGUGCUGGGUGAUGCCCUGGCGGCAGGAAUUAUCGGACACUUGUGUCGAAAAGACUUCCCACGAGAUGCAGAGAAUGCCAAUGGAGAACCUCCAGGCUCACAGAAACUCCAGGACAUGAACGUGCCUGCCACUGAGGUGCCGCUCCUCGCCAGCAAGGACAGCGUCUACGAGGUGUUCGGAGAUACCGUAACGGAAAGGCCAACGGUCUACUACAACAUCUGCCAAGUCUGACCGUAGCCCAGGGCUCUGCCCGGCAGCACAGUGGCCUCUGGACAACUGACACGCUGCAGUCUCCUGGACGACUGACACGCUGCUGUCUCCUAGACGACUGACACGCUGUUCUCUCCUGGACGACUGACACGCUGCGGUCUCCCGGACAACCGACACGCUGCGGUCUCCUAGACGAAUGACACGCUGCAGUCUCUCCCUCCUCUGUGCCUUGGCUUAAGUACUGAAAAGACUCUUUUUUAUUGAACGAUAGAUUUUUUCUUUUAUGAAAGUUGUGAGCCUCUGGGUUAUGCACUGAUCUGGGUACAUCGGUGUCGGCCCAAAAACGUGUAAAUAUGUUGUGUUGCAGGCCAUUUUUAUUCUGACGGACAUCGCAUAAAGAAAUGUGUGAUGAUGCACAAGACAUUGUCAUUACGCUGCGUCCCCUCAAUCCCUCAUCAGAAGGCUUACGCACAGGCCUGCAAGUGUUGUGUCUGGAGUUGCCCACUGCCAGGGCAUGACCCUUGAUAUCUGGUCUCUGUGCUCCAUCUCUGUGUGCGCUAGGCUACGUCACUAGGCUACGUCACCCCCAGCACGCCACACCUGUUUGCAGCUCCAUCUCUGUGGGCGCUAGGCUACGUCACCCCCAGCACGCAGCUCCAUCUCUGUGGGCGCUAGGCUACGUCACCCCCAGCACGC